GCGCCGAGGCCGACGGCGACGGCUACGAGACCGACCACCAGGACUACUGCGAGGUGUGCCAGCAGGGUGGCGAGAUCGUGCUGUGUGACACGUGUCCCCGCGCCUACCACCUGGUGUGCCUGGAGCCCGAGCUGGAGCGCGCGCCCCACGGCCGCUGGAGCUGCCCCCACUGCGAGAAGGAGGGGGUGCAGUGGGAGGCCAAGGAGGAGGAGGAGGAGUACGAGGAAGAGCUGGAGGAGGAGGGCGACAAGGAGGAGGAGGACGACCACAUGGAGUACUGCCGGGUGUGCAAGGACGGCGGCGAGCUGUUGUGCUGCGACGCCUGUAUCUCCUCCUACCACAUCCACUGCCUCAACCCGCCGCUGCCCGAGGUCCCCAACGGCGAGUGGCUCUGUCCCCGCUGCCCCGGGGGGGGACCGCGUGGGGACACGGUGUGGGGACACGGGGACAUGUGUGGACCGCAAGGGGCAGUGCCACUGUGUGACAUGGCUUGCGGGUGUCAUUGUCACCCGUGGGUGUCACUGUCCCCGUGUCCCCGCAGUGUGGACCGCAAGGGGCAGUACCACUGUGUGACACCGCUCGUGGGCGUCACUGUCACCCGUGGUGUGGACCGCAAGGGGCAGUACCACUGUGUGACACCACCCGUGGGCGUCACUGUCACCCGUGGUGUGGACCGCAAGGGGCAGUACCACUGUGUGACACCACCCGUGGGCGUCACUGUCACCCGUGGUGUGGACCGCAAGGGGCAGUACCACUGUGUGACACUGCCCGUGGGCGUCAUUGUCACCCGUGGGUGUCACUGUCCCCGUGUCCCCGCAGUGUGGACCGCAAGGGGCAGUACCACUGUGUGA